AUGAAUCGAAGGCCCAAUGGUUAAGAUGAAAAUUUAAGUUGGAUUUUGAAGUAUACGAAUGAAUUUGAAUAAGAACAUAUAGAGAGCCAACAUAUGCAUAUACUGAAAUAGGAACAAUUUGGAUAAUUGAAAUAGUCAGAUGAGAUUUUGAGUGCUUAACUGUUUACUUUUUGGAAUGGAAAUUUAGAAAACAGUAAAUUUAUAUUAAUGCCGAAUUUGUUAAUUAAAGUCACGCAAUAAAAUGGAAUGUUAAUGCCUCCUUAAUAAUAAUUUAAUUUAGGGAGCGGUGCAUUUUAUUUAUCAUUAUCAGAAUGCACAAUUACCUAAAAAAUGAUAGCUCAUAAAUCGCAAUAGGCUUUCGGGAUGAUGUUAUCGAAUUCAAUUGGAACAACUUACUUAUUUUUUUCGAAUUUUGUGACAUUUCGAACCUGGUACAAACAAAUGAAAUAGUUUUGCAAGCUCACAGGAUUCUUAGAAAAAUACAAGUUAGGUGAAAAGAUAUUGCCUGGAUUUUACACUUGCACGAAGAAGAAGAAAAAGACUCAAUACACAUGUUAAAUCUAUAAAACAGAUGACUUUGAAUAAUGUAAAGAGUUGGAGGAUGCAGUUUAUAAUGAGAUAUAAAUUUUACGAAGCAUAAGACACUAAUCAUUGUUAGAGUUGAAGAGAGUGUAUGAGAAUAGCAAAUACCUAUUCAUUGUAUAUGAAUAUUACAAAGGAGAGACCUUAUUUAAUCUUUUGAAUUCAAAUCUUUAACUUCACGAAGUUUAAAUUGCAUCUAUAAUAUAUUAAAUCUUAUCAGUAGUGAAAUUUCUUAAUCAGCAUUAAUUUUAUCAUGGUAGUAUCAACCCUUAGAAUAUAUUAAUCAAUACUCAACAUUAGAUGUUGCAAAUUACAUUGAUCAAUUUAUCAUUCAAAGAGUACAAGGUGAAUGACAAAUUAGAUUGGAUUCUGAAUAGGGCAGUUGAAUCCUUUUUGGCCCCUGAAAUUUUCGAAGGAAUAGCUCCCAAUAUUGCCACUGAUAUCUACGCUUUAGGGUGUGUGUUAUAUUUUAUGACUUACUAUGACCCUAAAAAAUAUGAAUUAACAAAUGAAGAAAAGGAUUUCUACACUGUAAUGGAUAGUUUUGAAAUACAGACAAAUCGUAUAGACGAGAGUGAAUAGAAAUUAAAAGUGGGUUUCUAAUAAAAUCAAUCUAAGAGUAAUGUGAGUUCAUCCUAAUUGGACCUACUAAGGAAGAUGUUAGAAUAAGAUUCAAAUAAAAGAUUGACUAUAAAAGAUGCAACUAAACACCAUUGGUUUGUUAAUGUGAAAAGUAAAAUAAAAUCAUUGAAAGUGGAGAGAAAAAGAAAGAAACCUCUUCCUAGUCUUAGGACUAUCAUAGAAUUGAGGGAAAUGAGUGAAAUGGAUGUUAGAAUGACAAUUAUUCAACAAUAGCAAAGCGGGUUAAAUGCAAUCAAUCAUAUGAAUUCAAAACUGCAAAGUACUCCGUCCAAUACAAAACGCACUUUAGUUUAUACUCAACAACCCUCCAAACUAAGUUAAUAUGCAGGCAAGAAUGAAUUUGAUGAUGAUUACGAAAGUAUGUUGUGA